AUGGAAAUUGGAUAUAAAAACGUUAUGGGCUUAAAAACAUUAAAAGCGUUGAACACACCACAAGAAUCAACCCCCGAUUAUACGCGAGAAGAGAUAGAGGAAAAUCUUGAAGCAUUAAAUUCAAAACUUGGCGCCCCUAUAUCAAAUAAGGAUGCAUCCCUUUAUGAUGCUCUCAAGAAAGGUAUAGAAAAAAUAGAUAUUUCUGAGCACAACUGGCGGAAUCCGCUAUCAAGUACGGUUAUUAGUGAUGAAUCUCAGUUGGUAAAGAAUUUAAAACAAAGGCAAAGACGUACUUUUUUGGAGCCACGAGAGGAUAUGAAAUGCGAAAUCCCGGAGCUGAUUUAUUCUAAGUGCGAUGAGUUUGUGAAUAAUUUUAAUAAGACAGAAACAGAUAUUCUGAAUGAUCUUACCCAUGAUAAGACAUGGAAGGAGAAUGUGAUUGAGUUGGAAAAAGUAGCAAAACGAAUAUUUAACACAUUAGGGGAGAUAUGGAAUAAUCCUGCUUUUGAAACCAGCAUGUCCCGAAAUGAACAAAGUGAAGGGACCUAUAUAUCAGAU